GGGAAGAAAAAAAAAAAAAAGAAAGGAAAAAAAAAGGGCGAGCAUUAAGAGGAAUCAAACGCCUUGUUACGCAGAGGGGGAGCGAGAGCUCCUCGCACCAGCUGACGAUGCUCGCUCCCCGGCAGCGCGGCUCCGGCAGAUGCGCGGGUGCCUCUCGGCGCGCCCCUCCGCCGGCGCUGAGCCCCGGGGCUGCGGGGGAGGCCGGCCCCUGCGCGGGGAGGCAGGAGCGGCUGCCGGCCCCUCCCCGCCCGCCGCGGACCGGAGAAGAGAUGCCCAACUUUGCGGAGCGCGGCGGGCGGCGCGGAGCGCGGGCCCGCGCGGGCGGCGGCGGGGCCGGAGCGCGGCGCAGCGGGCGGCGGGGGGGCCCCGGAGCCGCCCCCGGCCCGGCCCCGCGCUGAGCCCCGCCGGGCGGGAGCACGGCCGCCGCCGCCCCCCGGGGCAGCCCUCGCCUCGCAGAGAUGCCCGGCACGGUGCUGCUGCUCUGCCUGGCCCUCGGGCCGGUCCUGCGAGCCAGGUGUGAGAGCACAGAGGAAUACGAUUACGAUUACCUCAGCAUCAACAAAACCUGGGUCCUCACCCCCAAGGCACAGGAGACUGAUGCCACGCAGAUCCUCAACUCGCUGCUCAAGAACUAUGACAACAAGCUGAGGCCUGACAUUGGCAUCAAGCCCACGUUCAUUGAUGUGGAUAUCUACGUGAACAGCAUCGGGCCGGUGUCUGUCAUCCAGAUGGAGUACACCAUUGACAUCUUCUUUGCUCAGACGUGGUACGACCGGCGCCUGCGGUUCAACAGCACCCUGAAGGCGCUGACGCUCAACACCAACAUGGUGAGCCGCAUCUGGAUCCCUGACACCUUCUUCAGGAACUCCAAACGGGCUGACUCCCACUGGAUCACCACUCCCAACCAGCUCCUCCGCAUCUGGAACGACGGGAAAGUGCUCUACACUCUCAGGCUGACAAUCGAGGCUGAAUGUCUGCUCCAGCUGCAGAAUUUCCCAAUGGACACUCACUCCUGCCCUUUGGUUUUUUCCAGUUAUGGAUACCCCCGGGAGGAGAUCGUGUAUCGCUGGAGACGUUACUCCAUCGAGGUGUCGGACCAGCGCACCUGGAGGCUCUACCAGUUCGACUUCACGGGGCUCAGGAACACCUCGGAGGUCCUCAGGACUGGGGCAGGGGAGUACAUGGUGAUGACAGUUUCUUUUGACCUAAGCAGACGGAUGGGUUACUUUGCCAUUCAGACCUACAUUCCCUGCAUCCUGACUGUUGUUCUUUCCUGGGUUUCCUUCUGGAUCAAGAGAGACUCUACACCAGCCAGGACAUCUCUGGGCAUCACGACUGUGCUCACCAUGACCACCCUGAGCACCAUCUCCCGCAAGCACCUCCCCCGAGUUUCCUACAUCACAGCCAUGGACCUCUUUGUCUCUGUGUGCUUCAUCUUCGUCUUCGCCGCGCUCAUGGAGUACGCCACGCUCAACUACCUGGUGGGAAACAAGAAACCACUGGAGCACAGCCACAGGAAAGCCCGGCUGCCACCUGCCGGUGCCCAGGUGAUGCCAACCUUCACCGCCAUCAACAUCAACCACAUCAUGCACUGGCCCCCGGAGAUGGAGGAGGACGAGGAUGACGAGCCCGGCUCGCCGUGCCUGGAGGGGAAGGAGUGCGAGAGGUUCUUCUGCUGCAUCGAGGACUGUCAGACGGGGAUGUGGCGGGAGGGGCGGGUCCGCAUCCACAUAUCCCGCCUGGACUCCUACUCCCGCGUCUUCUUCCCCACCGCCUUCCUGCUCUUCAACAUCGUCUACUGGAUUGCCUAUCUCUAUCUCUAGCCCUCCUUUCUCCUCGGCUGGGAGGGACUGGGCACCGGCCAGAGGGGCUUCUCGAGGAGCUAGAGCACAGCGUCUCUCCUGUUGUAGCCAGCUGUCAGUCUGAACAACCCCACCUGGUGAUCCCCCCUUCCCGCUCUCUCAUCUCUUCUGAGAAGAACCAAACAGCUUUUUUUUAGCCUUCUAACAUAUCUUUUUAGAAAAUCUACCCUUCCCCAGACAAGCCCCUCUCCAACGCCACCAGCAUUGUACUCCUUGUAAGAUUACCCAAAAACAUCCUAUUCCCAUCUCAAGCAUUAGGGAUUUUGUCAAAAACAAAAAUCUUAAUGCCUUUCAUUUUCCCAUCCAAUCCUACUCCUAAAUUUCAAGGGAAGUGAUGGCAAAUGGAGUUUUCUGCAUAGUUAUUAGGACUGCAAAGGAAAUAAAAUACAGCUUACGACUUCUGCACCACCACCACCAGAACAGACUUCAUGGGGUGAUAGAAGCUCAGAAAGGUCAGAAGGAAAUAGUGUGGAAAAGGAAAAAGCAGUGCAGCUUUUCCAUAGAAGCUGGGCUUGGCUAAAACAUUUUGGGCCUGCCCAGAUAUCUGAUGGUGGCACUGGCAAGGACGGAGUUGCUGCAAGCCUCCCCCAGCUCCCCGCAGAGUAUCUGUGAAGAUUCCUCACGGAUCACUCCAGGACACCCACCCACCCAGGCACUGCUGACUCCCAUCAGACGGGGAUGAAAAGCACUCCACGAGCUGCAAGAGCCCACCUGCCUCACUGGAGCAGACCCUUCAGGGCCCACGGUGACAUUUCUGCUGUGUGACCAGGACUCAGAGCAGGCUCUGCAGUUGGGAGUAGCCAAAAGAGGGAAGAAGUCCUUGUGAGAAAGGCCAGAAGAACCUUCCUGAGCCUGUGGUGAGGUAUUUUUGUUUGGCCUGUGUCACAUGAAUCACAAAGGGACAGUGCUGUCCCAUGCAGUGACACUCAUUGGUGCCAUCAGAUCUGUGCUGGGUAGUCAGUGCCAACCUGAGGAAGGGGUAUAGGAAAGGGAACACACAUUCCUGCAGCUCAGAUGUGUUCCCCUCUUUAUUUCUUUCAUAAUUACAUAAAACAAGGGGUUUUUCUCUAACUGGAUGACCCCUCCCAGUUGCCAUCAUCACUUGGCCUGUUUCCUCAUAAAAUCAGGAAA